AUGAGAGCAUGCUGGUUGUGUCUUGCAGUGCUCACAUUAGGCUCAGCAGUCCAUGCCCAGCCAGCUCCUCCGCCGCAGCAGCAGCUCACGUUCGGCAUCUCGACGGGUGCACAGCUGAGAACUGAGUCUGGUAAGGGCGCGAAUCGGCCAGCAGGAGGUGUUGAAGGCGCGAGGGGAGGCUCGGACGACGAGACCGCCCAGCUCGCUUUCGCUUCAGAAAGAACAGCCGGCACAGAUCCUCUAUCUUCCGAUCCUGCCGCCGAUGCCUACGCACUCGCCGUCUCUCUCCUCGACACCCUCACCUUCCAUUCUCCUCCCUCUCCUCCAACUCUUUAUUCUCCGAAUAUCGCUUCGCUCGACGUACCAUUCUCGGCACGGAUAGAGCCGAUUCUACAGCGCUCGUCGGUCGGGCGCUUCGCUCUUCGAGUCAGCCGCCUUCACGCGGGUGAUGCCGCGAAGCGAAGAGUACAGGGCGGGCGGGACUGGAGCGUGAAGGGCGCAAUCUUGGGCUUGAAGGGUGCGAUUGAGCGGUUUGCGGUCGACAAGACUGUGCGAGCCGGAAAGGGAGCUUUGGGUGGACGGAGAGACGGGAAAGGGUGGAAGAACCGGCUCGAGAAUGCGGUUCUUAAGGGUGGCGUCGUGCUCGACCGCGAAGAGAUUGAGGAAGGGAUGGCCGAAGUGACAGAGCUUCUGCAGAGCGCCGGCGAGCGAGGAUCUGCGGCAGCCUGGGUUUUGCUGGGCGAUCUUCACCUGUCCGGUCAUCUCUCGCUCGCCGCCAAUCCAGCCGAAGCUCUUCGCCUCUAUACCCUCGCUUCCGAACUUUACGGCUCGCCCGAAGCGCAGUACAAGCUGGGCUUCUUGUACGGCAGCAACUUUGGCGGAGCGGCGGGUGGUCUCGAGGGCAAGGGACAGCAAGGAAGCGCUCUCCUGCACUACACCUUCGCCGCGCUGUCGAGCCAUGUACCCGCCUCGAUGACCGUCGGGUACCGUCACUGGGCGGGCAUCGGCACGAAACAGUCGUGCAAGGACGCUCUGCCCUGGUACAAGGCAGCAGCCGACGCCGCCAUGAUCUCGUUCAACUCUGGCCCGCCUGGCGGACGACACCUUCCUCCGCCCAAGAUCCGCCUGUCCGACCUCGAAGGCGGUCCGUACGGACCUGGAGCCUCGUCUUCAAGGUCGAACCUGGUGACGGGCGGCUCGAACGCUCAGACGCAGCAAGAGUGGGACGAUCUCGUCGAGUUCCACCUCUUCCAUGCUGAACGCGGCGAUCCUGCCUACAUGUACCGCCUCGGGCGGCUGUACUAUCAGGGCUUCGGUGCUGGAGGGCUCGGCGGUGCACGAGGCGCGCAACGAGGACGCCUGCAGCCAGGAGUUGCGGGCAAGGCCGACAACCUGUGGGACGGAGGACGCGACUUUCACCGCGCGAGCAAGUGGUUCCUCCGCCUCGCUCGCAAGGUCUGGCCUUCCGACCCUCGCGAGGCGCAGUGGAACCCGAAAUGGGGACCGCUGUCGAAGCACCCGCAGCGGGCGGGCGAGGCGCCCAAGGUCGGCUUCUACGACCUCUCAAAGGACAAGAAGAACGAGAAAGUCGACGACCAUACAGCGAUGGUCGCGGGUUUGGCGGCUGGCUUCGUCGGCAAGAUGUACCUGCGAGGUGAGGGCGUCAGCGCGAAUUACGCCAAGGCGUUCCUCUGGUUCUCUCGCGGGUCCGCGCAGGGCGACCGCGAGUCGACCAACGGCCUCGGCAUCAUGUACCGCGACGGGCUCGGCGUCGAGCGUGACUUGAAGAAGGCGGUCAUGCUCUUCCACGCCGCCGCCCAGCAGGACUCGUCCGAGGCGCAAGUCAACCUCGGCAAGUACCACUUUGGCCUGGGCGACUUUGUCGCCGCAACAACCUACUUCGAGCACGCGAUCCGCCCCGACAACCUCCGCACUCCCGACACCUUCCAGGCGUACUACUACCUCGCCGAACUUGCCGCCCGCUCAACAUCAGCGACCGAGUCGUGUCCUGUCGCCGUCUCGUUCUACAAGCGCGUGGCGGAACGAGGGGAUUGGGAUCACGAGGUUUGGUGGGAGGCUGAGCGCGCGAGAGAGCGCGGAGACUUGCGAACCGCGUUGCUCGGGUACUGGAUCAUGGCGGAACGGGGAUAUGAGCCGGCGCAGAACAAUGUUGCCUGGAUCCUUGAUCGAGACAAGAAGCGGCUUCGCAUUCCGCUGCUUGAUGCCGUCGCGCCCGCUCCUUCUCCCGCGACUAAGCAGCUCGACCGCCUCGCCCUCGCCUACUGGACUCGCUCCGCCGCUCAAGACAACGUCGAUGCUCUCGUCAAGAUGGGCGACUAUUUCUACGCCGGUCUUGGGACGGAAGACGGUCUGCCGCAGUUCGAGAAGGCGGCCGGCUGCUACCAAAGCGCCGCAACGACCAAGUUCUCGGCUAUGGCGAUGUGGGCGCUCGGGUGGAUGCACGAGACGGGCAAGGGCGUGCCUCAGGACUUCCACCUCGCGAAGCGCCAGUACGACAUGGCCCUCGAGACUUCUACCGACGCGUACUUCCCCUCGACACUCUCACUCGUCAGCCUCUACGCCCGCGCGCUGUAUCAUGCCCUCUUCAAGUCCGGCGAUGACGAGCUCCACGCCCUCAGCCUCUUUGCGAAGGAUCCGGACGUCGACGGUAUCGGCGCAGGGUUCGCCGAGCAUGGCGUGUGGAGCUUUGGAAGAGCUUGGCGGGACAUACAGCGCAACUGGGGAAUUGACCCUGGACCCGAGCCGGAAGUCGUGCCGUUGCAGCAGGGACGGGCGGCCAGAGGAGCGGGAGUUGCAGGAGGCGAGGCUGGCAGGGAUGCGCAGCGCGCUCUCGAGGCGCAUGAAGAGGGUCUCGACUGGCGAGAGUACCAGGAUCAACGCGGCUUCGGACGUGGGCAUGGCGAGGACGAGGACGACGAUUUCUACCUCGAGGACGAGGGCGACUUUGGCGGUACCGUCGCGAUCGUCGCGCUGUGCAUGCUCCUUGCAUGGCUCGUCUACUUCCGUCAGCGGCCAGAGCACCAAGGCCGUCGACCUGCCGCUCCUGUACCCGCCGCCGCACCCGCCGCGCAUCCUCAGGCUCCUCAACAGCCAGCACCGACUCCGACCGCUGCUCCAGCAUCACCGCCGACGCCACAAGCGGGGAACGCAGGGGAGAAUGGUCGGCGGGAAGAGACGGAUUCGGACGAGGAUGAGGGGCGCGGCCGUUGA